AUGUUCUCUAAGUCGCCAUACCGUCAUAUCCCCUUCUUCCCGCAAACACCUGCUGGAUUCAGGAUGUUGAACCCCUCGAAGAAGCCUUACUUUCGUCCCUCCAUUUUUUCGCGUCACCCUUCACCGUGCGUCGACUCUCCUUCGAGCAGCCCCACCUGCGAGCCAGAUGUACCUGCAUUCUUUGAUUGCAAUGCACCUCCUACACAGGGCCUUCCGCACAUUUUCCAGCCCGCCUCAGCCAACACCGCCCGUGUAGGUCGUCCACCCACGAAGGCUGCUGUUCCAAAGCCAAAGGUCUUUAAGAAGAGCGUGCCCACCAAGGCUUUCCCCAGUCAAAUCAUCCACCCGCGCCGCAAACUCUGGCACAAGCGCUUCACUUACCAUCUCACGGUCACUCGUCCAGACCUCUGUCGCAAAGGCCCCCGGUUCUGCAACCCAGCAAAGCUCAGGCGCGAAAAAGCAGCAGCUGCUCCCAAUAACCUCGAAAAUGUCGCUCUCAAGACUAUGCAAACCGGUGGUAUGACUGCCGAAGAUCGUAUUUUCCUCAAGCAGCUUGAAGAGCUCCGCCUCGAUCAGCUACGCAGGCACAUGCUUGGAGAUGCUAGAGAGGUCGUCGCACACGCUGAAGCGUUGGGUUCGCAACGUGAGUUGGAGCACGCGGAGCGCAACCGCCAAGCUGCCCUCCGAUUGGAAGAGAACGCACAGAGGAAGAAGGAAGAGGAAGAAUUUCGCCGUUUGGAGGAGCUGCGCCGUUUGGAGGAGGAACGUCGGUGGCUGGAGGAAGAGAAGCGUAGACAAGAGGAGGGCAGGCGCAGACAAGAAGAAGCUAGGCGUCAUGCAGAGGAACGGGCGCGCCUUCGUGAGCAGCGCGAGCGCGAGCUCCAGGCCAAACGAGAGGCAUUCCGUAAAGCUCAGGAGGAAGCUGAACAUCGGGCCCGUGUGCAAGCAGAGCAGCACCUUCGUGAAGAAGCUCGUUGGCAGGAGAGGCAGCGCCAAGAAGCACUUCAUCGCAACAAAGCUCGGGCGGGUCUCGUCGCUUUUUUCCAGCUCUACGACACAAAGUGGAAAGAGCUCAAACUGAGCCAGAAGUUGACCUCAGUUAUGCUCUGCGAGAUGCCGUGGCCGACCUUCCAGCAAGGCUGCGCAUCCCCCGAUGACAUCUCUCGCCGUAGCAUGGAGGAAUUCAUCUUCCACCCCCUCCGCCCAGGGAUGGAGACCAAGUCGCGCAAGGACCGACUGAAGGUAGAGAUACUUAGAUUCCACCCCAACAAGUUUAACUCGAACAUCGUGCGCAAGUUACGGGAGUGCGAUAGGGAAAGGGCGAGCAAGAUUGCGGGAGCACUGGCCAGAAUACUGACAAACAUGAUGGCUGAAGAGAUUCAGAAAGAGACGGAUCAAUAAGCCAAUAUAUACUGGAAUUCUGCUGCAGUCGUUAGUAAUUUUAUGGCAAUUAGGAUAUGUCCAAUAUGCAAUCAUAUGACUCU